GGGGCGCUGCAGAGCUGCACAGGCCGGUCCCUAAGAUACAAUCUACCGAGAGAGGGGGGUGGAGGAAAAAAACCAACUGGGUAGGUCGCUCUUUGUUUCUAGCUAGGAGGAAAAACCAAGAGACGUUGCAACCGGUGAGGUUUUUAAACAUCACCUUUCACCACUCGUGGGUACUUGCUGCUGCCACACAUUCCCUGUGUCCCCCUGAAAGAUGUCCACUCCUGACCCCCCGAUGGGAGGGACACCUCGGCCCGGACCCUCCCCAGGCCCAGGGCCAUCUCCAGGAGGCAUGUUGGGCCCAAGCCCGGGUCCCUCUCCUGGCUCGGCCCACAGCAUGAUGGGUCCAAGCCCAGGACCUCCUGGAUCUGGACACCCCCACCCUCCACAAGGACCCUCAGGAUAUCCUCAGGACAACAUGCACCAGAUGCACAAACCCAUGGAAGGCAUGCAUGAGAAGGGAAUGCCCGAUGACCCUCGCUACGCCCAGAUGAAGGGCAUGGGCAUGAGACCUGGGGCCCACAGCGGGAUGGGACCCCCUCCGAGCCCCAUGGACCAACAUUCCCAAGGUUACCCCUCUCCGCUGGGCGGCUCAGAGCACGCACCUAGCCCUGUCCCAGCCAACGGCCCCCCGUCUGGCCCCAUGAUGCCCGUAGGUCCCUCAGGUCCUGGUGCUGGCCCUAUGGAGGGCAGCGGUGACCCUAACCAGGGAAUGGGUCAACCGAACCGCGGGGUUCCCCAGGGUCCCCAGGGUCCAGGCGGUGUGGGAGGUGGACCGGCAGGAGCGGGUGGACCCACUCCUUUCAACCAGAACCAGCUGCACCAACUCAGGGCCCAGAUUAUGGCUUACAAAAUGCUGGCGCGCAGUCAGCCUUUACCAGAGCACCUGCAGAUGGCCGUGCAGGGGAAGAGGCCCAUGCCAGGGAUGCAGCAACAGCCCAUGCCUCCUACUACAGGCCCUGGAGGUGUACCUGGGGCCGGGCCGGGACCAGCUCAGGCCAACUACAACAGACCUCACGGCAUGGUGGGUCCCAACAUGCCACCUCCUGGACCAGCAGGAGUUCCUCCAGGUAUGCAAGGCCCACCUACCAACGGACCCCCCAAAUCAUGGCCUGAAGGACCAAUGGUGAAUGCUGCUGCUCCAUCCAACCCUCCUCAGAAGCUUAUUCCACCUCAGCCCACUGGCAGACCCUCUCCCGCUCCUCCCUCUGUGCCACCAGCUGCCUCGCCAGUAAUGCCCCCUCAGACGCAGUCCCCAGGACAGCCUGCCCAGCCCCCUCCCAUGAUGCUUCACCAGAAGCAGAAUCGAAUAACCCCCAUUCAAAAACCUCGCGGGCUGGACCCAGUGGAGAUCCUCCAGGAGAGAGAAUACAGGCUACAAGCCCGUAUUGCUCACCGUAUCCAGGAGCUGGAGAACCUGCCCGGCUCCCUUGCCGGCGACCUCCGCACCAAGGCCAACAUCGAGCUGAAGGCCCUGAGGUUGCUUAACUUCCAGAGACAGCUGCGUCAGGAGGUGGUGGUUUGCAUGCGUCGUGACACCGCUUUGGAAACUGCCCUGAACGCUAAAGCCUACAAGCGCAGCAAACGCCAGUCUCUACGCGAGGCCCGAAUCACCGAGAAGCUUGAGAAGCAGCAGAAGAUCGAACAAGAGCGCAAACGUCGUCAGAAACACCAGGAAUACCUCAACAGCAUCCUGCAGCAUGCCAAGGACUUUAAGGAGUACCAUCGCUCCAUCACAGCGAAGAUCCAGAAGGCUACCAAAGCUGUCGCCACCUACCACGCCAACACUGAGCGCGAGCAGAAGAAAGAGAAUGAGCGCAUUGAGAAGGAGAGAAUGCGGAGGCUGAUGGCUGAAGAUGAGGAGGGCUAUCGUAAACUCAUCGACCAAAAGAAAGACAAGCGUCUGGCCUACCUGUUGCAGCAGACGGACGAGUACGUGGCCAACCUCACCGAGCUGGUGCGAGCCCACAAAGCCGCUCAAGCUCUCAAAGAGAAGAAGAAGAAGAAGAAGAAAAAGAAGAAGCCAGAGACUUCAGACGGUGGUCCCGCUGGUCUUGGUCCCGAUGGAGAGCCUUUAGAUGAGACCAGUCAGAUGAGCGACCUCCCGGUGAAGGUGAUCCAUGUGGACAGCGGAAAGAUCCUGACUGGGAUUGAGGCACCUAAGGCUGGCCAGCUGGAGACCUGGCUCGAAAUGAACCCAGGAUAUGAAGUAGCGCCACGUUCAGACAGUGAAGAGAGUGGUUCAGAUGAGGAAGAGGAGGAGGAGGUACACGAACCAGUGAUGACUAAAACAAAGGAGGAAGAAGAGCAGCCUCAUUCUUCCUCAGUUCAGGCAGAUGACAAGAAGAAGAUCCCUAACCCCGACACCGAAGAGGUUUCUGAAGUGGAUGUCCAGUGCAUCAUCGAACACGCCAAGCAGGAUGUGGACGACGAGUACGGCAAUGCAGCAUUCAACCGAGGCCUGCAGUCCUACUACGCGGUCGCUCACGCCGUCACAGAGAGAGUGGAUACUCAGUCCACACUGCUGGUCAACGGGCAGCUCAAACAGUACCAGGUUAAAGGUCUGGAGUGGCUGGUGUCGCUUUACAACAACAACUUGAAUGGCAUCCUGGCUGAUGAGAUGGGUCUGGGAAAAACUAUCCAGACCAUCGCCCUCAUCACUUACCUCAUGGAGAUGAAGCGCCUCAACGGGCCCUUCCUCAUCAUUGUACCUCUCUCAACUCUAUCUAACUGGGUGUAUGAGUUUGAUAAGUGGGCGCCAUCUGUCGUGAAGGUUUCCUACAAGGGUUCUCCAGCCGCUCGUCGCGCAUUCGUUCCCAUCCUGCGCAGCGGCAAGUUCAACGUGCUGCUCACCACGUACGAGUACAUUAUCAAAGAUAAACAAGUGCUAGCAAAGCUUCGUUGGAAGUACAUGAUCGUGGACGAGGGCCACCGUAUGAAGAACCACCACUGUAAGCUGACCCAGGUCUUGAACACACACUACUUGGCCCCCCGGCGCGUGCUGCUCACAGGAACCCCGCUGCAGAACAAGCUGCCCGAACUCUGGGCCCUGCUCAAUUUCCUCCUACCCACCAUUUUCAAGAGCUGCACCACCUUCGAGCAGUGGUUCAACGCCCCCUUCGCCAUGACCGGAGAGAAGGUUGACCUGAAUGAAGAAGAGACCAUCCUCAUCAUCCGACGUUUACACAAGGUGCUGCGACCUUUCUUGCUGCGCCGACUCAAGAAGGAAGUCGAGGCCCAGCUGCCCGAGAAGGUGGAGUACGUCAUCAAGUGCGACAUGUCAGCCCUCCAGAGAGUUUUAUACAGACACAUGCAGGCCAAGGGAGUGUUGCUCACAGACGGGUCAGAGAAAGACAAGAAGGGUAAAGGUGGAACGAAGACCCUGAUGAACACUAUCAUGCAGCUGAGAAAGAUCUGCAACCACCCCUACAUGUUCCAGCACAUUGAGGAAUCUUUCUCUGAGCAUCUUGGUUACUCUGGUGGAGUAGUGAGUGGUCCUGACCUGUACCGCUCCUCCGGGAAGUUCGAGCUGCUGGAUCGUAUCCUGCCCAAGCUGAGGGCCACCAACCAUAAAGUGCUGCUCUUCUGUCAGAUGACCACGCUCAUGACCAUCAUGGAGGACUACUUCGCCUACCGUAGCUUCAAGUACCUGCGUCUGGACGGAACCACUAAGGCUGAGGAUCGUGGCAUGCUGCUGAAGACAUUCAAUGACCCAGCCUCUGAGUACUUUGUGUUCCUGCUCAGUACCAGGGCUGGAGGUCUGGGGCUCAACCUGCAGUCUGCUGACACUGUCAUCAUCUUUGACAGCGACUGGAACCCACAUCAGGACCUGCAGGCGCAGGACAGAGCACAUCGUAUCGGUCAGCAGAACGAGGUCCGCGUGCUCCGCCUCUGCACUGUCAACAGUGUGGAGGAGAAGAUUCUGGCGGCAGCAAAGUACAAACUGAAUGUGGACCAGAAGGUCAUCCAGGCCGGCAUGUUCGACCAGAAGUCGUCAGGCUUUGAGCGCCGGGCCUUUUUACAGGCCAUUCUGGAGCACGAGGAACAGGACGAGGUCGGGGUUCGAGGAGGCUGCCGCACUAGGGGGGCGUGGGAGGAGGAUGAGGUGCCCGAUGAUGAGACUGUUAAUCAGAUGAUUGCCAGAAGUGAAGAGGAGUUUGAACAGUUCAUGCGCAUGGAUCUCGACAGACGCCGCGAGGAUGCCCGCAACCCCAAGAGGAAACCGCGGCUGAUGGAGGAGGACGAUAUGCCCGCCUGGAUUUUGAAAGACGACGCUGAGGUCGAGAGGCUCACCUGCGAAGAGGAGGAGGAGAAAAUGUUCGGCCGAGGGUCCCGCCAACGCAAGGAGGUGGACUACAGCGACUCGCUCACUGAGAAACAGUGGCUCAAGGCUAUAGAAGAGGGUAAUCUAGAGGACAUUGAGGAGGAAGUGCGUCACAAAAAGACAACCAGGAAGCGCAAGAGAGACCGCGACCACGACGGCGGCCCGUCCACGCCCAGCUCCAGCAGCGGGCGAGUGCGGGACAAAGACGAGGAAGUGAAGAAAGCAAAGAAACGCGGCCGCCCGCCCGCUGAGAAGCUCUCUCCCAACCCUGCCUCUCUCACUAAGAAGAUGAAGAAGAUUGUUGAUGCAGUUAUCAAAUACAAGGAUGGAAGCAACGGGCGACAGCUAAGCGAAGUCUUCAUCCAGCUGCCUUCUCGCAAGGAGCUGCCAGAGUACUACGAGCUCAUCCGCAAACCAGUGGACUUCAGGAAGAUCAAGGAGAGAAUCCGCAGCCAUAAGUACCGCAGCCUGAACGACCUGGAGAAGGAUGUGAUGCUGCUGUGUCAGAACGCCCAGACUUUCAACCUGGAGGGCUCUCUGAUAUAUGAGGACUCCAUCGUUCUCCAGUCAGUCUUCACCAGCGUGAGACAAAAGAUCGAGAAGGAGGACGAAAGCGAGGGAGAGGACAGCGAGGAAGAGGAGGAUGACAUCGACGAAGGCUCUGAGUCUGAAUCUCGUUCAGUGAAGGUGAAGAUCAAGCUGAGCCGGAAAGAAAAAGGAGACCGAGGAGGAAAAAGCCAACGACGUAGGGGCCGCGGCGCCCGGGCUAAACCUGUGGUGAGCGACGACGACAGCGAGGACGAACAGGAAGAGGAGCGUUCGGCCAGCGGUAGCGAUGAGGACUGAAGUGACCUGUCCUGAUGGGACCACUGGCCCACUGCGCUACUUGACUGGAAUUUAUAUAUUUUACUUAGAUACAACAGGGAGACAGCCAGUGGAGGAGACCUAGUUUUACCUAGAUGAGCUGAUUUUUAGUGAGACACUUGUAUUCUCAUUAAAUAUACCAAUUUAAAAAAAGAAAAAAAGAAAAAAAAAAACCUAAAUAUGAAAGCUAUGAACCAUCCACUUCCAUAUUUAAACCAGUUUUACCAUGAAUAAUAGUGUGUCCUUGCCUUUUUUGUUUUCUCCUGUAAGUGAACAUUGACAGAGCCUGAAUUAUAAGAAUGAUCACGGGCCAUAAAGACAGCUAACUGUUUUUUUAAAAUGGUAUUAAUUUUGUCAUCUUUUACGUUGAGACAAAGCAUACAUGUGAACCAGGAGUCACUGCGUUCCCUGAAUUUUCCCCCUUUUUGAAUGCAUGUCGUGCGUGUCUGUGGAAAUGCACCUGGAUGUGUCUUCUCUAUUAUCUCUGUGUUUAAUUUAAGACUACAAAACGGGAUCACGGUACAUCCCACCCUGCAGCCCCUCCUUCUCAGGUUGUGUAUGUAAAAGGGGGAGGGGAUGAAAUGACCAUUUUCUCGUGUCGGUGUCACUGGAUUCCAAAAAGUACAAUAAAGGCAUCUCAU